AUGAAACUCUCUUUCCCAGCCCUUUACUCGCUUGCUCUUGUGCUUGGAUUGGUCUCCAUGGCCGAUGCCAAGGUCCACAAAGCUCCCAUCAAAAAAGCCCCUGCACAGGCUACUUAUCAGGACGUUACUAUCGGCGAUUAUGUUGACUCUUUGAAGCAAAAGUAUGUUACAACUUAUAACAAGUUUAUCGCCGCCCAGCAGAACAGCCAGGAAAUCAUCUCGAUCAACAAGCGUUCUGACGAGAGUGCAAGCUCGGGCCACAACACUCCUUUGACCAACUACCUCAAUGCCCAAUAUUUCACGGAGAUCCAAUUGGGUACUCCUGGCCAAUCGUUCAAGGUUAUCCUUGACACCGGUUCCUCUAACUUGUGGGUUCCUAGCAGCGAUUGCACCUCCUUGGCCUGCUAUUUGCAUACUAAAUACGACCACGAUGAGUCGUCCACUUACCAGAAGAACGGUUCUUCGUUUUCCAUUCAAUAUGGCUCGGGUUCCCUCGAGGGUUACGUUUCUCAGGACACACUGACCAUUGGUGACCUUGUCAUCCCUAAACAGGAUUUCGCCGAGGCUACUAGCGAGCCUGGCUUGGCUUUCGCUUUCGGAAAGUUUGACGGUAUCUUGGGUCUGGCUUACGAUACCAUUUCGGUCAACAGAAUCGUUCCUCCAAUUUACAAUGCAAUUAACUUGGGAUUGCUGGACACCCCACAAUUUGGAUUUUACCUUGGUGACACUUCGAAGUCCGAACAGGAUGGAGGAGAGGCCACUUUCGGUGGAUACGAUGUUUCUAAGUACACAGGCGAUAUUACCUGGUUGCCAGUCAGAAGAAAGGCUUACUGGGAGGUGAAAUUUAGUGGUAUUGCUCUUGGUGACGAAUACGCCCCAUUGGAGAACACUGGAGCAGCCAUUGACACAGGAACUUCUCUGAUUGCUCUUCCAUCUCAACUGGCCGAGAUUCUGAACUCUCAAAUUGGUGCCGAGAAGUCGUGGUCUGGACAGUACCAGAUCGACUGCGACAAGAGAGACUCACUGCCUGACCUCACGUUCAACUUCGAUGGUUACAACUUCACCAUUUCGCCUUACGAUUACACUUUGGAAGUGUCUGGUUCUUGUAUUUCUGCAUUCACUCCAAUGGACCUUCCAGCCCCAAUUGGCCCAAUGGCUAUCAUUGGUGACGCUUUCCUCAGAAGAUAUUACUCUGUCUACGACCUUGGCAGAGACGCUGUCGGAUUGGCUAAGGCUGUGUAA